CAACUGGAGGCAGAGAAUCUCGUGUCGUCGUCUUCUUCUUCUUCUUCGCUGUCUUUGGACGUGGCUCCUCUGUUCCGAUCGGGUCCCGUGUGCGAAUACAGGGGUGAACUCUGAAAUUUAGGGUUUCUUCUCCGUUUGGAAUUUGGAAAAUCAAGCUUUCUCUUUGUUGAAUUCGAUCGAGCGUACACGAUAGUGGAGGAAAAAAUCGAUGAUACUUCUCCAGUCGCAUUCGAGGUUUCUCCUCCAGACCUUGUUAAAUCGCGUUCAAAAUUUCUUGGAAGCAGCCUCUUGCAGACUGUUCUGCAAGCCUUGACAAAGCAGUCGAGCUAGAUUAUCAGUGGAUCGAAUUCGAUGAUAUCCGUUACCAUGUUCAGGUGACCAUGAAAAAUCCAAAUCACUUGUUGCUAUCGGUAUCGUUACCUAACCCUCCGCCCGAGGCUAUGUUCUUUGACGGACUUCCUUUGGGAGCUAUUGAGGCGAUAAAGACUACCUAUCCCACCGGGGUUCAAAUUCUUGAUCCUCCUAGAGAUGGCUUCAAUCUCACCUUGAAGCUGAAUUUUUCUAAACUUCCCCCCGAUGAAGAGUACAAGAACUCACUCCUGACCAACCUUGCUUCCAUUAGAGAGGUAGUGCUGGGCGCACCGUUGAAAAUCAUUCUCAAACAUCUAUCUUCAAGAACUGUGGCUCCCGAGCUAGAUAGGCUUGUUGCCAUCAUGCAUAGACCCAAUGAGACGUUUUUCAUCAUUCCUCAGCCUGAUAAGGCCACUGUGGUCUUCCCUAUGAGAUUUAACGAUUCAGUAGACACCAUUCUGGCUACCUCCUUUUUGAAGGAAUUUGUUGAAGCAAGGCGUACCGCUGGGCUUAAUAACGCUCCUUCUUGUUCUUGGUCUCCAAAUCCACCACUGGAACUGGAGGGAGCUCCCAAAGAAUCACUGUCUGCCAGCGCGGGCUUUGUAUCUUUUGUCAUUUUUCCUCGACAUGUGGAAGCGAAAAAGCUUGACCGUACUGUCUGGAACUUAUCGACCUUCCACGCAUAUGUUAGCUACCAUGUCAAGUGCUCAGAGGGGUUUAUGCACACCAGAAUGCGGUGUCGUGUAGAAUCUCUUAUCCAGGCCCUGGAUCGAGCUAAACCGCUGGAGAAGACGAGAUCGAUGAACAAAAGAUCGUUUAAACGAAUGAGCCUCAACAAUGUUCAUACCAACUCGAGUUGACGUCAGUUUCCAAGGAACCGGAGAUCCGAUCAUCAACCGCUUUUCGCCAAUUUCUCGACCUCUUGAGGCAAUUUUGUAAAAUCUUGUGGAUAGCGCUCAGGUACCUUCAUUCAGUUCACCACCAAAUGUUUUGCAUUUUAUUUAUUUAUUUUACAUUUAAUGAGUUGAAAAAAGAAUACAACUCUUUAUCUACCGAGUUUUGUUGUUAAGGAUCUUCGACAAAUUA